AUGAGUUAAUGCAACAAAUUAUUUAAUUCUCCUUUAAAUAGUUAGUAACUAUUAUUUCCUACUAUUUCAUAUAAAACUUCAGAGUCUCCUUCAAAAGUUGCGAUUCCUCUUACUAAUUAUUUGUUAUUUGAAUAAAAACAAGAUUAAUAAAAUGUUGAUAAGAUAAAAAGUGUUAAAUAAAUAAAAUAUGAAAGAGCAGAAGCUAUCUAUUAAUAUCUUCAUUCAUAAGUACUUAAAAAGAAAGAUUUUAAUCAAGAAAAAUCUAAAAUAUAAGUCACAACUCUUAUAACUGAUUCUUAGGAUAAAAUUAAAAAAUCUAAAGAAUAUCCUUUUGAUUUACAAUAAUUAAAGCAAAUUCAAGAGAAACGAAGCAAAUAAAGUAUAUUCAUAUAUUUUAUUAUUAUUAGAAAUCUCAGGGAUUAGUAAAUCAUAUAUAGAUUUACCUUCUUUAAAUUUAUGUAAUUAAAUAUAAGACUAAUGCAUAGUUGAAUUAGACUAAGAAUAAGAUGAAUAUGAACAAAAUUUAUGUAGUAUAAAUUAGAAUUAAUUAAAUAAAUCACCAAAUUUAUAUAAUAAUUUAAAAGGCAAUAAAAAUUGCAAAUUACUAAAUUAAUCAAAAGUAUUUAAUUUAGAUAAUAUAGGUUGUCUUGGACUUUAAUUAAUAAAAUAAAGAUUAUUAAGAUAAGAGCUUUUAACUUAUUCAUUUAAUUAGAAAAGUUUAAUAAAGUCUAUUAAAAAAAUCAGAUAAUGAUAGAUAAUAAUUGGAAAAAGACUAUAAAUUGAAAAAAAGUAUAAGAUAAAAAGAAAGAUAAGAAGGAUUGUAGAAUGCAUAAUAAGGUUUAAAAAACCGACAAUUAAAAUCUCUUUUGAAUGCCUUAAAAGGAUCAAAGGACAAAUAGAUUUAAAAUAAUAUUGUCUAAAAUAUUGCAAGAAAACAUAAUAUACAACGUAGUCAGUCUACAAUUAUAAGUAGAAAGAGUUCUUUUUAAUUAUCAAAAAGUAAUUAUCUUCCUGAUGAAUAAUUUGAUGAGAAGUUAAUUAGAAAAUUUUCUUAGGUUUCUGAUAUUUGUAGUUCUGAAAACUCAGUAGAUUAGAUAUGUAAUCUUUUUUUUAAUUAAUUGUAGAAUAACCUAUUAAACUAUAAAAAGCUAACUGA